AUGGCUCUGCGACUCCCCCUCCGGGCUCGAUUGGCCAGCUCCUGCGCCGUUGCCCGUCCUCGGAUCGCCCGCCGAGGCCUCGCUUCGCUGCCAAAUGCCGACGUCGCAGCCGACUCGAAGAGUGCUGCCAUUGUGAACGAGCAUGCUCCUUAUAUGGUCGCUACAUAUGCUCGCCCGCCGCCUGUGUUCGUCAAGGGAAAGGGCUCGUGGCUGUGGGAUGUAGAGGAUCGCAAGUUCUUGGAUUUUACGGCCGGCAUCGCUGUCAAUGGUCUCGGCCAUUGCGAUCCUGAGUUUACUCGGCUAUUGGCUGAGCAGGCUGGUACUCUCGUUCACGCUUCAAACCUCUACUACAACCCUUGGACCGGCGCCCUAUCGAAGCUCCUCAUCGAAAAGACUCUCGAGUCUGGGGCGAUGCACAACGCCGCUUCGGUAUUUGUGUGCAACUCUGGCUCCGAGGCCAACGAAGCCGCUAUAAAGUUCGCCCGCAAAGCUGGAAAGAUCGUCGACCCCUCAGGCGAGAAGGUCGAGAUCGUCUCGUUCAACAAUGGCUUCCAUGGCCGAACUAUGGGCAGCUUGUCCGCGACGCCUAACCCCAAGUACCAGAAGCCCUUUGCGCCCAUGCUGCCUGGCUUCAAGACGGGCAACUUCAACGACGUUUCUGGCAUCAAUGCGCUGGUUACCGAGAAGACGUGCGGUGUUCUCGUGGAACCUAUCCAGGGCGAGGGCGGUGUUACACCUGCUACAGAGGAGUUCCUUGUUGCGCUGGCUAAGCGAUGCCGUGAAGUUGGCGCUGUACUUGUUUACGAUGAGAUCCAGUCUGGUCUUGGUCGCACAGGAACAUUCUGGGCGCACGGAAACCUUCCCAAGGAGGCUCACCCUGAUAUCCUCACAACAGCUAAGGCCCUCGGCAACGGAUUCCCCAUCGGCGCCGUGCUGGUGACGAAGGACGUCGCCAAUAAGAUGAAGGUCGGUGACCACGGCACCACCUUUGGCGGAAACCCCCUCGCGUGCCGCCUGGCGCACUACAUCGUCGGCCGUCUCUCCGACAAGAAGCUGCAAGCCGACGUGCGUGCCAAGUCCGAGAUCUUCAAGCAGCGCUUCACCAAGCUGCAAAGCCAAUACCCGGAUCUUGUCAAGGAGGUCCGCGGCCGGGGUCUGAUUCUCGGUCUACAGCUGUCUGAAGAUCCUUCGCCUAUCAUCAAGGCUGCGCGUGAGCGGGGACUGCUGAUUAUUACUGCUGGCACCAACACAUUGCGAUUUGUGCCCAGCUUGACUAUUACGGAUGAGGAGAUUAACCAGGGAUUGGAUAUUGUUGAGGCUGCUAUUGCUGCCACCCGAUAA